AUGUCAACCAAGUACAACAAGGACUCUAAGAUGUACUGCGCGCUCCAGACGGUGUUUGGCGAGAGACUCUUUGGCCAAGGCUUGGUGUCCGAAUGUGACUAUGAGCGUUGGCACAAGCAGCGGCGAGUCAUGGACUUGGCCUUCAGCCGGAGCUCCUUGGUUAGCUUGAUGGAAACGUUCAAUGAGAAGUCUGAGCAGCUGGUGGAGAUUCUCGAAGCCAAGGCGGAUGGGCAGACCCCGGUGUCCAUGCAGGACAUGCUGACCUGCACCACCAUGGACAUUCUGGCCAAGGCAGCUUUCGGGAUGGAGACCAGCAUGCUGCUGGGUGCCCAGAAGCCUCUGUCCCGGGCAGUGAAACUCAUGUUGGAGGGGAUCACAGCAUCCCGAAACACUCUGGCGAAGUUCAUGCCAGGGAAGAGGAAGCAGCUUUGUGAGAUCCGGGAGAGCAUUCGCUUCCUGCGCCAGGUUGGCAAGGACUGGGUCCAGCGCCGCCGGGAGGCCCUGAAGAGGGGAGAGGACGUCCCUGCCGACAUCCUCACACAGAUUCUCAAAGCUGAAGAGGGGGCCCAGGACGACGAGGUUCUACUGGACAACUUUGUCACCUUCUUCAUUGCUGGCCAUGAGACUUCUGCCAACCACUUGGCAUUCACGGUGCUGGAGCUGUCUCGCCAGCCAGAGAUCGUGGCGAGACUGCAGGCCGAGGUGGACGAGGUCAUCGGUUCUAAGAGGCACCUGGAUUUCGAGGACCUGGGGCGAUUGCAGUACCUGUCCCAGGUCCUCAAAGAGUCGCUGAGGCUGUACCCGCCGGCGUGGGGCACCUUUCGCCUGCUAGAAGAGGAGACCUUGAUUGAUGGCGUCAGAGUCCCUGGCAACACCCCGCUUUUGUUCAGCACCUAUGUCAUGGGGCGGAUGGACAGGUACUUUGAGGACCCGCUGACCUUCAACCCCGAUCGCUUCAGCCCUGGAGCGCCCAAGCCACGGUUCACCUAUUUCCCCUUCUCCCUGGGCCACCGCUCCUGCAUUGGACAGCAGUUUGCUCAGAUGGAGGUGAAGGUGGUCAUGGCCAAGCUGCUGCAGAGGCUGGAGUUCCGGCUGGUGCCCGGGCAGCGCUUCGGGCUGCAGGAACAGGUCACGCUCAAGCCGCUGGAUCCCGUGCUGUGCACCCUGCAGCCCCGGGGCUGGCAGCCGGCACCCCCGCCCCCACCCUGCUGAGGGCCCCCUGGGCAGGACCAGACUCCUCGGCCACGGGCCACGCCCACCUCCGCCACCACCCUCCAUGCUGGCUCCCGGCGGGCCCUCUGCCAAUCGCCUGCUUCACACCCCUCAGCGCUCCCUGUCGCCUGCUGACUCCGCGGCCCUUCCUGGCCUGGCCCUCGCCCGGCUCCCAGCUGCCACCAAUCUCCCCGCCCCCUCCCACCAACCUUUGCACAGGCCACUUCCUCAGACGAGACACCCUAACUCUUGCUCACUCCCUAAAGCCCUUUUCAGGUAUCACCUCCUCCAGAAAGCCCUCCCUGCCACCCCCGGCCAGGCCAGGGGCCUCUUCUCUCUGCUCCCUCGGUCACCUGUGCUACCUCUAACACCACACUGACCACACUGUAUCGUGAGUGUCUGUUGACGUGACCAACUGCCCUGCCAGGCUGUGAGGGCCUCACGGGCAGAGUCUGCGUGUGAUUCGUCUCUGAGGCCCCUGUGCCCACCCGGGCCCUGGCGCAGAGUCGAUGCUCAAUAAACGUGUGUUGACUGCAUGAAUGAACGCAGAACUAG